CCUCGGCUGCCUCUCACAUGCUCCGGGAGGGCGAUGCGGCUCCCCGUGUCCCGCUGAGCGAGGCCGCCUGCACCCCGCCGGGGCUGCGCGCAGGGCGGGGGGCUGCCCGCGCCCCUCGGCCUCCAGCGCCCCGCCACCCCCGCUGAGACCCUUGGGGGCUUUUACUAUUUUAUUUCCUUUGGGUUUUAUUUUAUUUCGUCUUUUAUUUUUGAUUUAUUUACCCCUCCUGGAAAAAAAAAGAAUACAAAAAAAAGCCGCCGCUGCCUGCACCGACCCCCGCGGGGCUGGAGAGGCUGAUGCGGCCGCCAAGGGAGAGGAUAGUGGAUAAAGCUCGAGCUGGAUGGAUGGGUAUGGGGAGAGGGGCAGGAUCCACAGCCCUGGGACUUUUCCAAAUCCUCCCUGUCUUUCUCUGCAUCUUCCCUUCAGUGACAUCUCCAUGCAAGAUCCUCAAGUGCAACUCUGAGUUCUGGGCGGCCACGUCGGGCUCGCACCACCUGGGCGCGGAGGAGGCGCCCGAGUUCUGCACGGCGCUGCGGGCCUACGCGCACUGCACGCGCCGCACCGCCCGCACCUGCAGGGGAGACCUGGCCUACCACUCGGCCGUGCAUGGCAUAGACGAUCUCAUGGUGCAGCACAACUGCUCCAAGGAUGGCCCCACGUCCCAGCCCCGCCUCCGGACAUUGCCCCCCGGGGACAGCCAGGAGCGCUCCGACAGCCCCGAGAUCUGCCACUACGAGAAGAGCUUCCACAAGCACUCGGCCGCCCCCAACUACACCCACUGCGGGCUCUUUGGGGACCCCCACCUCAGGACUUUCACGGACACUUUCCAGACCUGCAAGGUGCAGGGGGCUUGGCCGCUCAUAGACAAUAACUACCUGAACGUGCAGGUCACCAACACGCCCGUGCUGCCCGGCUCCUCGGCCACCGCCACCAGCAAGCUCACCAUCAUCUUCAAGAGCUUCCAGGAGUGUGUGGAUCAGAAGGUGUACCAGGCAGAGAUGGACGAGCUCCCCGCCGCCUUCGUUGAUGGCUCCAAGAACGGAGGGGACAAGCACGGAGCCAACAGCCUGAAGAUCACAGAGAAGGUGUCGGGCCAGCACAUCGAGAUCCAGGCCAAGUACAUCGGCACCACCAUCGUGGUGAGGCAGGUGGGCCGCUACCUCACCUUCGCCGUGCGCAUGCCGGAGGAGGUGGUCAACGCCGUGGAGGACAGGGACAGCCAGGGCCUCUACCUGUGCCUCCGUGGCUGUCCAGCCAACCAGCAGAUUGACUUCCAGGCCGUCCGCUCGGCCCAGGCCACAGAGGGCCGUGCCCGGAGGAAGGGGCCCAGCCUGCCCGCCCCGCCCGAGGCCUUCACCUACGAGACAGCCACAGCCAAGUGCAGGGAGAAGCUGCCCGUGGAGGACCUCUACUUCCAGUCCUGUGUCUUUGACCUCCUCACCACCGGGGAUGUCAACUUCAUGCUGGCUGCUUACUAUGCCUUUGAGGACGUGAAGAUGCUUCACUCCAACAAGGACAAGCUGCACCUCUAUGAAAGGACACGGGUGCUGAGCCCGGGCAACACGGCGCCCACGGCAACACAUCCCGCCCUCUGGGUAGCACUGCUGUGUUUGUGUUGGUUGUGCUUGUUAUAGAGGUUUGCUCCUUCACACCUUGGAGAGAAGGGAAAGGGGAGCAGGAGGCAGCCAGACAUGAGAUGCAAGUGUUGGAAAACGAGAGGUUGGACAUCAGAGCCACGUGGGUUGUCCUCAACUCAGUCUCUCUCUUGGUGCAAGUCCUCCACCUUCCCAGCUCUUGCCUGGGAGGAAUGUGCUGCCGGUGGGACCAGUCAGGAGUUUUUGCUGGACUUGUACCUUGUCUGGACCUUGCUCACUUCCCCCUCCUCCUGCUGCCAUUCGAGGGGGUGCUGGGGAGCCCUUGUAGCUACUCUGCUUGUAGCACUCCCCUGGUCCCAGCCGUGCACGUGGUGACUGUGACACUGGCAUGUGUGAACGUGGCUUUGUCUUCAGAGAGCAGAGCCCACGAGGAGGGCAUGGAGCAGUGAGACAGGACCAGCACAGCAGGGCAGGAUGUCCUGCUCACCGGGGCUGGGCUCUGCUUUUCCUGCUCUGCCCACAGCCCUGCUGUUGCAGAAGGUGGUGCAAGGGGCCCAAAUGGUGGGCAGUGAUCCCACGCUUGCUUGUCUGGUGGUGCCAGGCACCUUCUGGGUGGAAGGAGGACACGUUCCUCAAGCCUUGGCCUGCAUUUUUUGUGGUUCAAAGGCAUAUCCCCUCUUUUAGCCAGUUCAUCUGGCUGAUUCACUCAGUAGUUUGACUCCUGUCUCCCUUGUCUCUGCCUGGACCCACCGUGGACUCUUGAUGGCAACGGGAGAAACCUGGCCAGUAUUCAAGGGGUUUCUGCAACUUCUGCCCAGCAUUGGAUGAGUUCCUCACACCGUUCACUCCCUGGUCCCCUGAAACUGGCAGCAGGGUGGCUGCCCAGUGGGAGACCCAACUGCACCUCCCUCCAGCCCCUCCCUGCCUGGCCCAGCCCUGGGAUGGAGCAGGAGCGUGGUGCUCUUUAUUUUUGCUGCUAGGUCUCUGCUCUGCUCCCCAUCCUGGGGCCGCGACUUGCAACCCCAUUGCAGACCAGUUGCACCUUAAGCCCUUUAGGGCUUGAAUCAGAAAUGGGGCAAUGUCAGAAUUCAGCCAGGAGACGGGAUGCAGCAGAGGACCCCCCCAGCUGCCUCCAGAUGUCUGUUCCCUGCCUCGAAACCAUCCAUAAUCUCCUUCCCCCCACCAUGUAGUGCUGCCCGUCUCCUCCACUCAGUGUUCCUCUGUGGUUCACCCCGUGGCUCACUGAACAAACAUCGAGACCACCUUUGGUCUGCGCCUUUAAGACCUCCUGGUGGGUUUCCCCCGCCUUUCGUCAGGGGGAAGUUCUCAGAAACAAGCCCCAAAACACGUGUCACACUUGGGGGCACCUCCUGCUCUCAAAAGGGAGGUCUCUGGGCGUGAUGAGACAAGCUAGCACCAAAAGAGGUGGGAACAGGCUUGGUUUGGCAGUCUGAACUGGUGCCAAGAGGCAGCCUGGUGUAAAUACUGAACAUGACUAUUCAUUGUGUCCUUACAGCUCUAGAGCUCCAUUUGUAAAGCAGCAGAGAAAUGCAAACUUGUGUUAAUUGAUGUAAUUUAUAUUGUCUCUUUAAUAUAUAGAGCCCUGGCAUUGAUCUCGUGUGACUGUACAGAUGAAAAGAUGUAAUUGGUUUUUAAAUGUUUAAGGAAAGAAAAGAAACAAAAAGAUGUGUUUACUACUUUGCUCCUUGCUUUGUUUGCUGAUGCCCCAGAUACUCUGUUUAGGGAGAUUUUGAAAUAAGGAUAUCACAGUUUGGAGGUGCUGAGGGGAGCAGCCACUGGACCACAGCACUGGACAGUUUCAUUUCCCAAUGCACUAAUGCUCAGCCAGGCUGAUUUGGACUUUCUGUUCCCUUUGUUCUAGAGAAAACAAAUUUUCAUCUUCCCUAGAAGUUUAAACCCCACCUUUUAAAAUACAAAAUGUGUCUCUGGGCAAAGAAGAGGUUUAUCCCACAGCUAAAUGCAGCUGUGCACAGCCUCCCUCUGAGCGCACAGUGCUGCUUGAAAGCUGCCUGAGCUGGCCCAGCCACAGUGUGCCAACAGGUCAAUAAUUCCCUUGAGAGCUCCCCUUCCUAUAAAACAAUCACCCCACAGCAUGGCACGCUGUGGUUUAGGAAAGUCUGGUUAUGGCUUGGCUCAUUCCCUCUGUCCAGGUGGGUGCUCCAGUGGUGGCUGAUGGUGUGAGGUGGUUGUUGGGGUAUCCCUGUUUUAGAAGCAAACAGUGAAGCACUUUAUUUUGGUUGUGUUUGACCCAGUUCUGGUUAAAGGUGAAGUGUGGCCAAGAAGGACCCGAUACUUGGAAACAAACAAAACAAAAAAAAAAAAAAAACAUAGGCAAAGGGGGGACAUGCUGAAAAUGCCUCCCCAGCUCCUCCCUGUGCUGAGACCCACGGGAGUGUCACCGCCUGUAAAUACUGUAAAUUAUUUAUUGAGAGAAACACAAGUAAAGUUUGAGGUUUUUUUGACAAUAAACGAGUGGGUCUCGCUUUGUU